AGCCCAGUUGCAACCUCUCGCCGGCAGCUGCUCCGCGCGGAGCGGGAGACGGAGCCGGAGUCUGAGUGUGAGACGGGCUGAGACGGCUCCGAGGCGGCCCCGCCCCGGGGCUCCAUUGUUGCGGCGACUCCGGCUCUGCGGGCUGCUCGGCUCCGUCUCGCUCGGCCAGGGCACCUCCGGCAAGGAGUGAUCGCUGCCCGGGAGGCGGCCUGAGCAAUGGAAGAGUUAAUCGUUGAACUUCGUCUGUUUCUUGAACUCCUGGACCAUGAAUAUCUGACCUCAGCUGUCAGGGAGAAAAAGGCAGUUAUCACAGACAUCCUGCUGAGGAUACAGUCAUCCAAAGGUUUUGAGGCGAAAGAUCAUGCUGCGAAGCCAGAGAGCCCCAGCAGCCUGCCGGCCCCACCCCAGAUGCCUUUGCCUGAGAUCCCGCAGCCGUGGCUGCCGCCGGACAGCGGGCCACCACCGCUGCCGACAUCCUCUCUCCCGGAGGGCUACUACGAGGAGGCCGUACCGCUGAGUCCCGGGAAGGCUCCGGAGUACAUCACCUCAAACUAUGACUCAGAUGCAAUGAGUAGCUCUUACGAAUCGUACGAUGAAGAGGAAGAGGAUGGAAAGGGCAAGAAAACGCGGCACCAGUGGCCCUCGGAGGAGGCCUCCAUGGACCUGGUGAAGGAUGCCAAGAUCUGUGCCUUCCUGCUGCGGAAGAAACGCUUCGGGCAGUGGACCAAGUUACUCUGCGUCAUCAAAGACACCAAACUACUGUGCUACAAAAGUUCCAAGGACCAGCAGCCCCAGAUGGAACUGCCGCUCCAAGGCUGCAGCAUUACAUACCUCCCCAAAGACAGCAAAAAGAAGAAGCACGAAUUGAAGAUUACUCAGCAGGGCACAGACCCGCUGGUCCUUGCUGUGCAGAGUAAGGAGCAGGCCGAGCAGUGGCUGAAGGUGGUCAGAGAGAUCUACAGCGGCGGCAGCGGGCCAGCAGACUCGGAAUGUCCUCCCCCCUCCAGCUCCCCGGUGCACAAGGCAGAACUGGAGAAGAAACUGUCUUCAGAGAGACCAAGCUCAGAUGGGGAGGGCGUUACAGAAAAUGGAAUUGCUGUGUGUAACGGAAAAGAACAAGUUAAGAGGAAAAAAAGUUCCAAAUCAGAGGCCAAGGGAACUGUGUCUAAAGUCACUGGGAAAAAAAUCACCAAGAUCAUCGGUUUGGGAAAGAAAAAGCCGUCGACAGAUGAACAGACCUCCUCAGCGGAGGAAGACGUGCCUACUUGUGGCUACCUGAACGUGCUCUCCAACAGCCGCUGGCGGGAGCGCUGGUGCCGCGUCAAGGAAAACAAGCUCAUCCUCCACAAGGACAGGGCCGACCUGAAGACCCACGUCGUCUCCAUCCCACUCCGCGGCUGCGAGGUCAUCCCGGGGCUGGACUCCAAACACCCCCUGACGUUCCGGCUGCUUCGCAACGGCCAGGAGGUGGCCGUGUUGGAGGCCUCUUCUUCUGAAGACAUGGGCAGGUGGAUUGGGAUUUUGCUGGCUGAGACGGGGUCCUCCACAGACCCUGGGGCCCUGCACUAUGACUACAUAGACGUGGAGAUGUCGGCGAAUGUCAUUCAGACGGCCAAGCAAACCUUCUGUUUCAUGAACAGGCGCGUUCUGUCCACUAACCCGUACGUGGGGAGCACCGCCAACGGCUACGCACACCCCAGCGGGACGGCACUGCACUACGACGACGUCCCCUGCAUCGGCGGCUCGUUGAAGGGUAAAAAACCGCCCCCCGUGGCAUCCAACGGGCUUACGGGAAAAGGCAAGGCUCUGAGCAGUCAGCAAAGAAAAGCUGAUUCAGUGGCUGGCGUGAAGCGGACGCCUUCAAAUGCUGACCAGUACAAAUAUGGCAAGAACCGGGUGGAAGCGGAUGCCAAGCGGCUGCAGGCCAAAGAGGAGGAGCUGCUGAAGAGGCGGGAAGGCCUGCGUGACAGGCUGGCCCAGCUGCGGAAGGAGAGGAAGGGCCUGAGGGCCGCCAUCGAAGUGAACGCCGGCCGGAAGACCCAGGCGAUCCUGGAGGAGAAGCUGAAGAAGCUGGAGGAGGAGUGCAAACAGAGGGAGACGGAGCGCGUGAACCUGGAGCUGGAGCUGGCCGAGGUCAAGGAGAGCCUCAAGAAAGCCCUGGCCGGCGGGGUCACCCUGGGGCUGGCCAUCGAGCCCCGGGCGGGGGCGGCGAGUCCGCAGUCUCCAGUCUUUAGGCACCGGACUCUGGAGAACUCGCCCAUGUCCAGCUGCGAGACCAGUGACGCAGAGGGCCCCGUGCCCGUGAACAGCGCGGCCGUCCUGAAGAAGAGCCAGCCGGCCCCCGCCAGCACCCCCUGCCGGGGGCACGUGCUCCGGAAGGCCAAGCAUCACAGAAAGCCUCUCGGUGAGCCCCGAGCCAUAGCGGGGCAGCGAGUCGUUCGUGACGGUGAGGGAGCCUCACGUGCACCCUCUUUGCCCAUCUUUUGUGAAAUCAUUCACUCCUGUCCUUCCAGAAAAGCCCAACCUGACAGCAUGCAAGCAUUACCAGGUAUUUCUGUUAGUUGCCAUGGAAGAAAUUUUCGAGAUGGGAUCAUCAGAUCAUCAUUCUUAGGGACCAAAGGUGUUUUUAAUAAGAUAAUCUUUGUAUUUGAUUUUUUUAACGAGAAAGGAAAUAUUAACUUUAAACUUUAGCAUUGACUUUUAAAUUAUAGAGAUUCAGCAUUAAUUGACCAUGGCUAUAAGUUGUAAAAUGUUUUCAUAUUAAGAAUGUAAUUAUUUCCUUAUUGUAUUUUUUAAAAACUAAAGUCAUAUUUAAAAUUCUCUUUGAAAGAAACAGGCAAGAAACAGGAAAGAUUUUUUUAAUUAAAUAUGUUGGCAGUGUCCAUUUUAAAGAACUGUAAAUAUAUUUUCACUGUGUUUCGCAAUGUAUUUAAUUCAUAAAGUAAAAAAUUUUAUCAGAAGAAACUUGCAUUGGAAAUAUUCGUUUUCAGUCCAUUUGCCCGGAUUUUGUAGGAGCCUCACUUGAAUUUUCUGCUUUACUGCUGGAUUUUUCUACAGUUUUACACGGUGUAGCCCGCAGACUGGCGCCCUCGGGCGUGCCUCAUUUGUGUAUUGCUAAUAAACUCGC